AGUUUAAUGUUUAUUGACAGUUCAAGAGUGAAAUUGUAGCUGAAGUUACCGCAAAUGUGAUGUGUAACACAAGACAGGUCAUAGAGAGUGCUAAGGUGAACUGCCAUCCCCCUUGCCAUUGUGGUGGGAGGAAUGGUGGAUCAGUGACUACCACCAAGACAAAAAAAAAGACUUCUGAUGAGGAUUCUUCAGAUGGUGCUUUGGGCAGUGACCAGAGGCAUCAUAAAUUACUGAAAAAAAUAGAGAAACUUCAGAAGCAAGAGAGGAAACUUGAAAAGAAACUGGACUCCAAACUUGAGAAGUUGGAGAACAAAACAAAACGAAGAAUGGAGAAGAAAUUCCAAUCUAAACCUUGCUCUGAUCAAACUUUUGAGAAGAAGGCAUGCUCAGGUACUAGGAAGAGAACGAGCGAUGGACCGGUGUGUACAUAUUUAAUGGACGCUGUACCACUUAGCGAUGGACCCAAACCUGCAGAGACACAUAUAAGACUAGGCGAGCGCUUCACUAAAGUGUGGGAGAUCAUGAACAGUGGUACUCUUCCAUGGACUGAUAAGACUGAGCUGAGGUUGGCGUGGGGAACUUCUGGCUUGGAGCCUAUGGCAACAGUUCUGAAAUGCCCUGUUUUAAUGCCUGGAGAAAAGGGCAUAGUUGCUGUCACUUUUCAGGCGCCUGAAUUUACAGGAACAUUUGAAUCUUAUUGGCAUUUUUACCAUAUGGGAGUCAGAUUUGGACAUUGGUUGGGAUGUGCCGUUGUUGUGGAUUCAAAAGAACCUGAAAAGCAAGAAGUUAGUAAUAUGGUACCCAUUUCCAGCAGCAUACCGGUUGGAUGGCAUGAAUCAAAUUGUGACAAUGAAAAUAAUAAAGAUAAAGAAAUGUCCAAGGCUAAAGUAGACCAGCCAGUUGAUUUGAGAAAGAAAUAUGAACCUGACCAAAUGGCAAGCUCCUCAGUCGUAAAAUGUGUGGUUCGGUUGGAUGACACAUAUGACAAAAUCAACGAAGAUAAGACAGCGUCCACUGAGAGCGGGAAAGUUGAAGCCAGACAGAGAAAUGCAGAGUAUGAAAGUGACUCUGAUGAUGAAAAUCUCAGUAGUGUGAUAUCGGUCACUUUUUCUAUUACUUCAGAAUCUGAAGAAGAUGAAAACUUUGUUGUAGUCCCAAUGCCACCAUGUUUCAUGUGUGAUGCUCCACUAGAUAAGUCAAAUGCAGUACCUCAGGUGGAAAAGUCACAGAAUGAUACACAUGACGUGCAGAUUGAAUCAGAAACAGAUAUACUUGAUACUGUACCUAGCAGUAUGCCAGAUGCUUCGUGCACUGUGAACACAGAUUUUGGAACAGCAAAUAAUGGACAGAACUCUAACUGUGAAGUAGAAGACAGUCCAGUACCAGAAAUGAGUAUUGAAACCUCCUCACAUGACGAUCCCUCAUCACAUGGGGGAACUGAAUAUGUGAUGCCUUCAAGGAAUGAGGUUUAUGCUGUGGAUAUGGCAGGUCAUUGUAUGCCAGUGGAUUUUGUAUGGACAAGUCAUAGCAGUAACCAUUAUAAUAAUACAUUUGUUGAUAACUCGGAUAUGAAUGCUCAUUCGUCAAAGAGCAGCUCCAUGACUGAUUUGGAGCCUCCCCAGAAUCAGGGGAAAAGAGGGGAAACUAAACAUGACCAAACUAACGGAAGGAAACCUUCACUCCACUCAACAGCUGGCUCUCCGACCAUCACUGGUCCAAUUGACAGGAGUCGCUCUACUGCACAACCAGAUAGAAAUGGACAGACACCUGGUAGUUCAUCUAAUAACACGGCCACUUCACCAACGCAUAGCACUCAAAAUGGAUUUGAACAACAUGAAAACCGAACACCAUCUUUGAACACAGCAGAGGCCUCAUCUCCGAAUCAACCCCAAGAAGGCAUUGCAGCAGCAGUCCAUAUCCUUCCAGAGACACUUGUCAAUGGAGCGAUUAAUGUUGCAUCUCAGGCUUACACUACAGCUCGUGCUGUUUUCAGCAACUUACGAUCUAGACCUGGGGAUUUUGCAGAGUGGCACUGGAAUGACAGAGGAGCCAAUUUGUCAUCACAAUCUGACAUGUCAACAACAAAUAACUUAAAAAUUCUUUUAGAAAUGGGUUUCACUAACAAAAAUUUGAAUGUAUUGCUACUCCAACGCUAUGACAAUGACAUGGAACAAGUCGUUGCUGAACUCCUGAGUAACAAAUCCCACUUUGCUGAUGAUAAUCAGAUGCACUAAGUGUUGACGCUUUGCUUCUGUACAUCUAUAUUAGUCAUGAAUAGCCAUGUUGUCAAAGCACACCACUAAUCUGCUAACUACAGCGUGUUUAUAUAUUAGUUACUGAUAAUUUUAAUUUUGGGCAUUAGACUUAGUUUUGAUAUAAUGUAGUAGUCUGGAUGAGAGUGUUUUGGCUGAAAUAUGUUUAGUUAUGUAAUUCCUUAGUUGUCAUGAUUUAUAUCGAAAUAACUGGCUGAUGCCGUGUCAUUUCAGGUUUAUUUUCUGUUUCUGUAUAGUAGAGUUCUUCAUAUACUUAUUGCAGCCUUUAUUUUUUUUGGAAAUACAUGGCAAACCUUUAAAGUUUCUAUAAUCAGUAUAAUUAUGAAUCCUAUUUGUAUUCCUAGACUUUCUAUAGUUUAGAUGCGUCAUGUUUGUGUUCAAAAU